GCCCUGAUUGGUGGAGCCGGCGCAGACGUUAGACCUCGCGUGGCCGGCGCUGGAGAGGAGAGGCGGAGCGGGACGGGCAAGGGAGACGGCGGUUGCUGUGGGGAUUUUCGUUGUCUCCCGAAGGUGCAAAAGAGAUUUAUGCUUCCAAGGGAUAACGAAAAAUCUGGCCAGGAGAUUUGUGGGAACUUCUCAUAAUUUAAGGCAAUGGAAGUAAUUCCAGAACUCUAUGAUAUUUUCCAAGGAGAGGUUGCUUCUGUGACAGAAUAUGGAGCAUUCAUUAAAAUUCCAGGAACUAGGAAGCAAGGCCUCGUACACAAAAGUCACAUGUCAAACUGCAGGGUGGACCAGCCCUCAGAGUUGGUGGAUGUGGGAGAAAAAGUGUGGGUGAAACUUAUAGGAAAAGAGAAGACAGAUGAGAAGUUAAAAUUGUCUCUUUCAAUGAAGGUUGUUAAUCAAGGAACUGGAAAAGACCUGGACCCCAACAAUGUGACCCUCGAUCAAGAUGCACGGAAGAAAGGCUCAUUCAAAGACUACACCAGCCAGAAGAUCACUCUAGAAGCAGUCUUAAACACAGUUUGCAAAAAGUGUGGCUGUCCAGGUCAUUUUGCAAAAGAUUGCUUUGUGCAGCCAGGAGGGACCAAGUAUACCCUGAUUCCAGAGGAAGAAGAAAUCCCUCCAGAAGAAGAAAAGAAGGCACAUAAAUCUGAAGAUUUUGUGAAGAAGAGAAAAAAGGAAAAAAAGAGAAAAAAGAAACACAAGAGCAAAACUCCUUCCGAACUGGGGGAUUCUGACAGUGGUGAGUCAGAUGCUGAUGAUGUUCAGCCAUCAAGGAAGAAAGCAAAACGGACUGAAAAAGCUAGCGCAUCCCAAAAGCGAAAAAAGAAGAAGCAUCAUAAGAAGAAGCACAAGGACUGAGAAGCGGAUCCAAGGCCGUAGGCUGUGCUGACACAGUGUGCACCCUCUGGGCUCCUGUAAUCUGCUGGAGAGAAAAAAUAGUUGAGCUAGUGCAACUUGCAUUAUAACAAAAGGGGAUUCCUCCUUUGUAAAGCAACGUUGUUUUCCUACAAUUUUUUUCCACAAGGACUGCCACUUUUCUCUACAUGGAAGAAGCCAGCUGCAGUUAGGUGUUCCUUGCCACAGAUGUUGCCCUCAUUCAUGUGAAACGCUUCUCCUUCUAUAGCUCCUUUUUCUUCUGGGCCUUGUGCCAGGCAGUUCCUUUGGAGCAACCCAGAGCCAUCUCCAUGAAGCAUGCAUGGCACUGGCAAUCAGUGCAGCUUCCUUAGCCAAGGUGGCAGCUGUGUGUUGAUUCAGCAUCUCGCCAGUCAUUCUCCGCACGCCAGCAGAAAGAGCAGUAGACUCAUCUUCUUGGCUGGUCGAUUUGUUCUGCACUGGUCACCCCACUGCAUUUUUGCUCCAUUCAUACUGCAGUACUGGAGGAAGAAAAAAAAUAAUUAUCUGAGUAUCCCUAGGGGUUGCAAAAGCACAAAUCAAAAUGUGAAGACAAGCUUUGUGCUUAUAUUGCUAGCCAUUUAAACUCUGAAAUAAAGCCUUUUUUCCCUCCCAGGGUAUGAUCCCUUUCUGUUACAUUUUGGCCAAUGGAACAGCUGGGUAAUAGAAAGGAAGUAGUCUUUCUGUUGGAUACAAAAUAGUCUUUAGGGUGUGGCUAUUUUCCCAGGCUUGCUUUAGUUGUCUAUUAAACGGCAAUCUAUGGUCAGCUUGUUUGUUUAUUACACUUAUUUGUGCUUCUGUCAUAAUGCAGCUGAAGAUAACAUAGUCUCCCUUUGAGACAGUGACCUAGCACAGCUUAGUUUCACUGGGGUUACUAUAUUGUUUGUGGUGUUUAUUUUAGACUACUUUUUUUUUAAUGAUAUUUAUUACUUUUUCAACAUUUUCAACACAACACUACUACCUAGUCAUCAGUUCUUUCAGAAAGAGUGCAAGAGCCCUUCUACGUUCUGCGCAAGUGCUUCCGUCAAAACCAUGACAAGGGAAAGUGUUUUUCCAUGCUGGGUGUGUCACUAUGAACUAUCUAGGAAGUCUCUGCCAAAAUCCUCUGCUAUGAGGCUGCUUCAGUUGGUUUGCUAACCACACGAUGUCAGGCAAGUAGAAUGAGAGCUCUUAUUCCAUGGAUGAUUCACUGCUUGUGGACAUCAUACACCUGACUGCCUUUCCUAAUGACAAUAAAUCAGGCAUUCUACUGGCCUGGUUUACACAUCACAUUAAACUGUGGCUAAAGGAAAAUGUAAUUAAAUGUGGACAAGCAGUCUCUGGGUUGAUGCUGCUGAAAUCAUAGGUUCUUUGCUCCUCUCCUGCUUGGAAGGAAGCCAGUUAGGCUUGUCAUGACCUGGUGUGAACCUGUGGUUUGUUUCCCCAUAAGCAUAAGCCUGGGUUUAGGCAACACAAAAUUCUGGAAUCUUUCCUUGCAGGUAAGGAGUAAAGCAUCAACACUGUUAGUGUGCUCUAGCAUGCUACUCAUAUAUAUUAAAUGAUAGCUUAUUUUAACUAUGGUUUAAUGCAGCCCUCCAGCCUUGGUGGUUUCCAGGUGCUACAACUCCCAACAGCCCAAGCCAGGAUAGCAGUGCAUGGCUAGGUUGUGGGAGUUGUAGUCCAAAGCAAUUGCAGGGUAGUAAAUGGGAGAAGGCUGGUUUGAUAUGAUGUGCAAACCAGGUCCACUUGGUUUUAGUGAAGGGGAAACAGUCAUUCUCACCCAGUGCUUUGUUGCUGGAGAAUGCCAGUUGGUUCGCAAUUGCCUGCAAUUAGUCUUUGACCUGUCUUGUAGGCUGCUUGCUUUUUAAAAAAGAAUUUUGCUCUUCACUCAUGCUUCUUAAGCGAGUUUACAUGCGAAGAAUUGAUGGAGGAUCUGAACUAUCCAGCCCACCAGCAGUAUAAUUGUAGUAGUAGUAGUAGUAAAGCUAAAAAGUCUGAAUGAAUAAGGUGGUGUUCUGGCAUUGAAAGAUAACCAAAUAGGCACCAAUAAGGUGGCCAGUCUGCCACUGGCUUCUGGUGUGGGCACCCAGAGGACAGCCUCCAAAAAUGACAGUGCAUGAGCAGAGUGACAUGGGAACCGUUGUGGCUUCAGGUUUCCAUGGGUCCCAAGCUGUGUAGAGCUUUAAAGGUAAGCAGCAGCACUUUGAAAUUACCUUUAAAAAUGUACUGGCAGACACUGUGCUGUACUGGCCAGAUGCAUUCUCAAAGAUCAGCACCAGUUAAUCGUUAAUUACGGCAUUAUACAAUGCCUCUUAUUCUCUUUCUCUGCCCCGCCCUCUGAGCAUGAGGUUGUUCUAAAGGGCUGUCAAGAGCUUCUUAAGGAGUUUUGCAGACUCCUUAAGCGAUGAUGAUCUGAUGAUUGGAAGAUUUUUAAGCCCUGCCUUUCAAAGGAGCACAUGAGUUAACACAUUCCUGACCACUUCUCUAUCACUGACAGAAUGGAAAUUCACAGUAAAUCAUUUAAUAAUAAGUUUUUAAAAACCCGUUUUAAAAAAGCUAGGAUUUUCAAGAAGCUGGAUUCAAUCCCAGACAUACUUCCUGGCCAGUCCUGAUAUGCAUGUUCCAUGCCAGCUGCAAACAUGUCUGAGAUGGGUGCUUUUAGAAAGUAACAGCUAAAACCAUCUACUAGCCAUGUGCUUUUAAAAAGGGAAAAUAGCAUCAUACUUGAUUCUCAAUGAUAAGUUCAUUGAUAUGCAAAUAGAUUUUACUUUUUGGUCAGCAUCUUCAGUGUCCGAAACAGCUGGGUUCUGAUUCUUUACUGGCAUGCUUCAGUAGUAACACCUGCUGCAAGGCAUAGUUCUUAUGGACUGCAGCAUAAUCUCCAAUGCAAGACCACAGCUGGUGUGUUUUAAAGCAGUAUGUAUACUCCACAUGGAUGAGGAUGAGUUGACAUUAUUCUAGGUGUAGUUACAAUUCUCUAGUCUGCAAUAUUUAUAUUUUAAUUUGUGGAUGUUCUACUUUCUACUUUCUAAAAAUUGGGACUCUAGUAAUUAAAAAUCUGGGUUUCUUUUCCUUCUGAUUUCUGAGCUUCUGCUCAUGUUGCUGUACUCCCAACCAAUAUAAAUGGGGAAAACCAUUUAAGGAUUCUUAAUACAUGUUCAGAUGGCCCCACACCAAGGCAUUGGUUUGUAGCCUUCAGUACCACAACAGUGCAUUCUGACAUAGUGAGCUGGUCUUCUUUCAAUAAAUGUCUAUAUGAUCUCA